ACACAACAACAAAAAAUACAAAUUUGGUGUGAAUAUUAUUGAAAGCCCCAUUGGUUCGAACAGCUGUGGUCACAUUGCAUGAUUCCGCUAUUCUGAUUGGCGUAGGAUUUUCUUCCAAUUGAAAUGUCCAAUCACGGCACGGUUUGCGAGAGUGGCUUUAUUUGAGUUCACCUUCUCACUUGUCCGGACACGUGAGCAUCCUAGGAGAAGGUUAUUUUGUCGCCAGGUAUAAUUUCUAAAUGAUCCAUGGGGACUCGCAUCCCAUGGUGCAACGUGAAACGGGAGUCCUAGCCUGCCGACCGAAGCUGUCAACAGAAAACCUACACCACCACCACCAGUCUUUGCAUCCAUCAUCAGCCAAAACAUUCAGAAGGGCUGCUUCCAGAUGUCUCUGCUAGAAGAUAUAUUUGAUCUGUUGCAAAAUGUCCUUGAGUAUUUCGGAGUCUCUCCUGACAUGCUAAUUCCAGUGUGGGAGAGCCAGUUGUGCGGUCAGUACCGUAGCCUGGUGCGGAUGAUCGGGACCAACCUCCCAUUGACCCCGUCUCCACGUAUCCACUUCCAGAUUCCUCUACACACCUCCCGACAGCACAGAUACCUGGACGUCACCAUGGAUACCCUCCCCGCUAUCCCCUCCUUGGCUGACGUGCUGUGGGUGGCGGAGGAUGAGGGAGAACGCUUCACCAAGAUCAGGCACCGUGAGCGUCCGUCCCGACAGGGUGCUGUGAGUCGGGGCGACGAGGUGGUGCUGGCCCCUCCACGUCCAGGGGACCCAGGGUUGGCAGCGGUCCGAGCCCAGCCAGGAGACAUGAUGCUGGGGCACAGAUCAGACCCAGUGGCUCUGCGGAAGAUCACAGCCCUGGAGGACGAGCUGCUCAAACUACGAGCUCAGAUUGCCAUGAUUGUCACCGCUCCACCCUCAGCCCAUUCCCAGAACCUUCCAGGUACCCCUGGAAUGUCCCCUGCCUCUGUCCUCACCUCCACCCCUUGUCGCCCUCCACCUCCUCCCUGUCCUCCUCCACCUCCUCCCUGUCCUCCUCCACCCAGCUCCUCUGUUGGUCUGUCUGCGGUGGAGAAUCUAAUCCAGCAGGGCAGGGAGGCCGGUAAAGGUCAUGCCCAGGGGAAGAGCCAUGAGGCUGGGCAGGUUGGACUACUACAGUCCCAGGAUAAGGCAGUAGGACAGGGCCCGGUCCCCACCAUGCUGGAUGUACUGAAUGAACUGAACCAGGUGAAACUGCGCUCCGUGCAGAGGCCCGAGGGGGAAGUGGACCCUCCCCUAGCCAACCUCAGGCCCGAGGGGAAGUGGACUGACCUGCCAACCUCAGGCCUGAUUGGGAAGUGGAACCCCCUCAGGCUUGAGGGGGAAGUUGACCCCCCUAGCCAACCUCAGGUCGCCCGGGGAACGCCGGUGCGGAGGAGGCGGAGCAAGGGCGCGGCGUUGCUAAGCGACCCGGCCUCCAUGAUUGCCGAGGCCCUGAGGAGGAAGUUCGCCCACCGUCGCCUCGACGACUCGUACGACAAAGAGAACCGCUCGGUAGAGCUCUCGCCGUUCGGCAGCCCCGAUACAUCGCCCUGUAUCCCCCAGCAGUCCAAGCGCAGCCAGGGACGACUCCACCUGUGA